AUGCGAGGUUUCAAGCAAAAGUUGAUCAAGAAAACCACCGGAUCCAGUUCUUCCGGGGGCAAAAAGAAGGAUAAAGAAGAGACCAAGAAGUCGUCAAGCAAUGGCAACUCGGGGGCUGCGUCCAGCAAAAAUUCCAGCGAGAAAACGGGCUCGAAUUCCGGAUCAGGCCUCAAUGAGAAAAAAAGCUCGAGCACAAGCUCGCCCACGGGCACCACAAAGCAUGGUAAAUCCAAAAUCGGUGGCAGUGGUAGUAGUAGAACCUCUGUUGGUGGUGUAAGCUCCACUACUGCGUCAACCGGAUCGCACGGCGAGGCUUCCACCAUGACACCUUCGACAAGCCAGAAAAAACUGGAGGUCAUGGGGAACAUCAAUCAGCCUUCGAAAUCUUCCCAACCCACGUUAAUUGCCGCUGCAUCCUUACCACUAUCUCCGAGUUCGGCCACCAUGUCUCUUUCUGUCCCAGGGGCAACACCAAGCAGUCCCAAAGAGGGCGCAAACGGAGGCGUCGCUUCGAACGGCGUCGACAUCCCACGCUCGUCGCAUUCUUUCGAGAGACUGCCUAAUCCAUCCAAACUAAAUCCAGAGGCCGACUUAGAACUGAUAAAGAGCCCACAGAGACAUUCUUCUUCAAGAUUCGAGCCGUCGCGGUACACGCAGGUUACGAAGCUGCCUCAUUUUGACGAUGUUUCACCAGAAGAACAAAUUCCGCUUUUUUUGGCAAAAGUGGACCAGUGUAACACAAUCUUUGAUUUUGGAGACCCGAGCUUCGAUAUCCAGGGCAAAGAGAUCAAACGACUCACUCUGCAAGAGCUGAUUGAAUUUGUCGUCACCAAUCGAUUUGCCUACACGGAAGAGAUGUAUGCUCAUGUUGUGAACAUGUUUAAAAAUAACCUCUUCAGACCCAUCCCUCCACCUGUAAACCCUAUUGGAGAGGUCUUUGACCCAGAUGAAGACGAACCGGUGAACGAACUGGCGUGGCCUCACAUGCAAUGUGUUUAUGAAUUUUUCUUGCGAUUCGUUGAGAGUCCUGAUUUCAACCACCAGAUCGCUAAACAAUACAUUGAUCAAGACUUUAUCCUGAGGCUGCUCGAGCUAUUCGACAGUGAAGACAUCAGGGAGAGAGACUGUUUGAAGACCACAUUGCAUCGCAUUUACGGAAAAUUUUUAAGUCUUCGGAGUUUUGUCCGUCGAUCCAUAAGUUACAUUUUCCUGCAAUUCGUAUACGAAAGCGAGAGAUUUAACGGUAUUGCAGAGUUACUAGAGAUACUCGGAUCGAUCAUCAACGGGUUUGCGCUACCGCUAAAGGAAGAGCACAAAAUCUUCUUAGUCCGAGUUUUAAUUCCUAUGCACAAGGUUAGGUGCCUGUCAUUGUACCAUCCACAAUUGGCAUACUGCGUGGUUCAAUUUUUAGAAAAAGAACCGCUUCUAACGGAGGAGGUCGUCAUGGGGCUACUGAGGUACUGGCCGAAGGUCAACUCUACAAAGGAAAUUAUGUUUCUCAACGAGAUAGAAGAUAUUUUCGAGGUAAUUGAGCCAUUGGAGUUCAUCAAGAUCGAAGUACCUUUAUUUGUCCAACUUGCAAAAUGCAUUUCGUCCCCACAUUUCCAAGUGUCCGAAAAGGUGCUCAGCUAUUGGAACAACGAAUACUUUCUCAAUCUGUGCAUUGAAAACGCUGAGGUGAUUCUUCCGAUCAUAUUUCCUGCCUUGUACGAGUUAACAUCACAGUUGGACCUUGAGUCUCAGGGCGACGACAGCGGAAAUCGCACCUCCGACCCUUACGUGCUGGUGGAGCAAGCCAUCAGUUCAGGUUCUUGGAAUCGUGCCAUCCAUGCCAUGGCGUUCAAGGCUUUGAAGAUUUUCUUGGAAACGAACCCAAUGCUGUACGACAAUUGCAAUUCUCUCUACUUGACUACGGUCAAAGAGACUCAGAGACGCAAGCAAGAGCGUGAGGUCAACUGGAAGAAGCUUGAGGGCUUUGUUAGGGACUUCAAGAUAAGCAACGGUGGGGGGACAGAUGAAAUGACUGAAAUCAACGAAACGCAUUAA